CCGGCGAAACGCGGCGCAGAGAUGGUCUUCAUUCCGCAGCUUCCGAAGUUUUCUCUUCCUAAAUUCUUUGCGCUUGGAGACGGGUGGCAGAGAAUUUAAUUUUGAAUCUCGGUAACGGAUUGGUCCGCUAAGAUUCAUCGUGGAACUCAUACGGGGCGUUCUAAGGGUGCCGAAAAAAUGUUAUGGUGAAGUGAUGGGGAAACAUAACAGUAAACUCAGUCGUGAAGAGCUCGAAGAACUUGAAGAACUGACAAACUUUAAUGCAAAGCAACUAAGGCAAUGGUACAAAGAUUUUAUUCAGGAUUGUCCAUCCGGAUAUAUGACAAAAGAAGAAUUCAAACACAUUUAUGGCCAGUUUUUCCCGUCUGGUGAUCCAACUCGUUUUGUAGAUUACGUCUUCAAUGUUUUCGACAUCGAUAAGAAUGGUGUGAUAACAUUUAAAGAAUUCAUAUUAGCCAUAUCCAUCACAACGAGAGGUACAAUUGAAGAAAAACUCAAUUGGGCUUUCAGUUUAUACGACUUUGACAGUGAUGGAUAUGUAACGAGAGACGAAAUGCUGGAUAUUGUACGAGCCAUCCACAGAAUGCAUGGAAAGGAAGGUGACACAGCAGAAAGGGAUGCAGCGCAGCAACGAGUAGACCAACUCUUUACAAAGCUUGAUACUGACAAAGAUGGGAAACUGAGCCGAGAAGAAUUUUGCAAAGGAUUUAAGAACGAUACCUGGAUAAUUAAAGCUUUGUUGAUGAGAUCUCCUCUAGCCAGUAGUUCAACUCCUUCCUUAGCUCCUGCAAGUAGUGAAACCGAGGUUAGCAGAAGAUCAUCGACUUGUACAGCAUCCAUCGGUAAUGGUCUGCAUUAAACGAACAGCCUUAUAUUGGAAAUUCUAUGAAUUUCAAUUGAUUUACUACUAACCACGAGAUAAUUGAUUAACGCACCAAGUUCAUGUACUGACCACAAGAAAAGAUAAUUAGAAAAGAUGUAAUAUUUUGAAGAUAUCUGAAAAACUGAAGGCUUUAGCAUUAUUUAACUUUAUCUUCUUGCCUUAAAUACAGCGAUGUAUUAUUUUUUUAAACAUACACUUCUUCCUUCACAAAUACGCAAUUUAACCAUCUUCACUGUUCAAGUUCAUUUUUUCUAUUGGAUUGUUCAGAUUGUUCAUUCCAUUCCUAUCACUUUCAUUAACCAAGCAAUCAUUUUGAUGUUAUUCAUUGGGAAAUCUUAAAAUUAAUGCGUGCACGCAGGAAAAUUUAUCUUAAAAUUAACAAUUAGAAAGAAAUAGUUUUUCUAUGAAUCAUAAUAAAAUGUAUAUCGUAAGUAAUUAAUAAAAAUCUUUAAUAAACUAAUUUCGAAAGAGUAUUAAUAAAUGUAGUUUUCGUAGAAUUUUUUCCUUCAAAAAGUACAAAACUGCUGUUUCGCAAAAAAGAUAGCGAUAUGAAAAAAUAUCAAUGAGACAUAGUAGUACAUGAAAUAAUUUUACUAUCCAUUAAGUUAUUGAUUAAAAUCGAGUGUAUUUAAUUACAAAUGUCAGAAAUUUACUGACUGAUUAAUAAUUAAAUACAUUCAAUUUUAAGUCAGAAGCCUCUUUUAAUGCUGCAUUUACACUUAGUUUAAACAUUUUAAUGGUCUCAAAAUUUCUAAAUAAGGGUCGCAAAGAGCUUUCAUACACAAGCAAAAAAAAAGGGGGGAGCAGAAUUGAAUACGUUCAAUUUCCUUCACGGGUAUUUGAAAACGUUCUUUCGCGAAUGCUAGAUAUCUGAUGUUACGUUCCUUUCUGACGGCGUAUAAUGUAUUUCAGUUUAUUUUUAUUGUUGUAAGUAGCCAAAUUAUUUUUCUACAAAUUGUGGCAAAAGGAAUCUCAGGCGUCGUUAGAUGUAAUAUGGUUAUCACAUCUAACGAAGCCUGAGAUCAGGAGAAACUUUUCCGAGAAACAAGAUUCUCAUUCUUCUACCAUUGGAAGAUUCCUAGACGGAACAUGUUUGACUGGAACUGAUAUCCGGCUAGCUAGGCGGGACUUUGCAUCAGAGAUGCAAAUGUUUCGUUUAAAGCUGUGUUUCUUGUAGGUUUCCUACAAAGCACAGAAUUUCGUAUAAGUCAACCAGAUAUUUAGAAAGCCAAAAUUUCCGGGAUAGGAAGUAGAUGUGACGCUGGCUUAAGUCGUAUGGCUGUUAUGACUAUAAUCUACGACUUUAAGAUAAACGUUUCAAUGCCUUUCUGACCAUCCUCAUUACCGAUCGUAAUACGUUAUUUCUGCACAGCACUUAUUUUCUCCACAUUAUUUGAAACUGUAAUAAAAUAAGAAACUUUUCGUGAAGUGAAACGCAGUAAACGGAAAUAAUGUGAGAAAGAAACAAUUAGGGAAAUCCAACUUCUGUCGCAGUGGUCGUUACCAUAAUUAUGAGAAGAAAAUAACUCUGGGCCGAAGAAAAUAACUCUGAAGUGUCUAUUUUAAAGUAACAGAAUAUAACAUAGUCGCUUUGAAUAUAGGACAAUAGGGAAUCCCAAGAUUACUCAGUUGAUGAAAUGGUAGAUUUGCCUUGUCUUUAAGUUAAACCUUUGGACUAUUCACUGUACAAACUUACUCCUCAGUUCAAAAUUCAAAAACAUGUUAGAAGGGAUGUUUUGCUUCGCCAUUUGGGGAAUAGUGUGAAAGCAGCGUAUAAGAGCCUGCUUCGUCAAAAACAUUUAAAGUCGGAAUUAAAUAUAAAUUAGACACUUUUACAUCAUUACUUUCCUUUUCUACCAUUGAUCUUGAUCAAGCUUUUUUAUUGUGAUGAUAAACUUUAUUUAUGUAUUUUAUUAAUGUAUUGUUAAGUUUAUUGUGAGUUACACUGCUGUUUUAUUUAUUAUUAUUUUUUUAAUGUUUCCUUACGACAUCAAAUUGCAUAUAUAAAUUUUUUCCUUGUUGUAUAUUUAGUUUAUUCUCAAUCUAAGCUUUAUAUUAAUAAAUUUCUUCUUUUUUAUUAAA